AUGUUUAAGUAUAUUCGUAUAAUUCACGUAAAAUAUAAGUUAGGUUACACAAUACUCUUAUGAAAUUACUUGACAAAUAAGAAAAUGCCUAUGGCUGCUAUGUGACAAAUAUGUAAUCUUAGAAAUGAGUUACUCUUUUAACUCGUAGAAACGACUAAACAUGAUACUUUAAUAUAAGUAGAGGUAGGAAUCAUAUAUAAACUUUGGUCAUUUUAUAUCGUUUGAAAGCAAAUAGCAAGUUCUUCAAGAUGCAGUUUGAAGUAUUUGAAGUAUUUGAAAGUUUAAGUCCUUAAGUUUUUAAAUCCUUGAGCAUUUGGAGUGCAUCUUGACGUAUCUAAAAUGCUUUAAAAUUGUUACUAAUAUUAUUAGUUUCAGCAGCGAUUCUUAAGCAUAAGAUAAGACUACAAGGAGUUUUUAUAAUACAUUGCGAUAUUAUAUAUUUUUAGUAUGAUCAAGAAAUAUAUAUCGUUAAGCAUUAAUACGUACAUGUUUGUUCUAAAAAUAUUAGUAUUCAUGAGUGCUCUAUAUUUUUACCGCUUUUUCAUUUCGUGUAUUCUCAAAUUUUUUUUUUUCAAUAUAUAUGAAUACUGUAUACGUUGUGUUAUAUAUUGUAUACCAACAUUGUAUCUCAACAUCGUCAAACAUAGGAUAAAUAUGCAUAUUCAUAGCAUUUUGUAUUGCAUACAUCCUAAACAACAAGUCGAGUCUAUAAGUUGUCACUAAAUAUAAACUAGAGGUACGUACACUGAUUGAACAUUUUCGACCUUCGAGUUUUUCUAUCUCUCUCUUACACAUAACGAUCUUUUAAAACUUCUAGUUUCUCACCAUGGUUAUCUUAAUAGAUAACGUCAGAAACGAGAGAAGUUUUGCUCUGUAUAGUAGUAGUAUACGGUAUAGAAUCGUAUAAUUGUAGUGAAAUAUGUGGAUUAACAAUGAAAUUUGAUCACGAUAACUUUAAGCCUGUUUAGUGGUCAAUUAGAGCAACAGAAAAGAUCUUUUCGAAAUAUUUUACAAUUAUAUUCAGCUCGCGUCUUUUUAUUAUUUCAGCAUAUUUUGCAAAAAUCUUGUAUCUGUAUUUUCUCUUGUGUAACAUAAAUUUACACAGUUACAACGAAUAACCAGGAAUAUUAAGCUGAAACUUACCACGAGUCUCUUCUCGCUUAAAAACAGAUACGAAUGUAUAUUUGUGCGCAAGCAGAGUAUAUUUUUCUACCAAUCUAAACCUCUUAUUGCACUUCAUACCGAAUCGGUAUUGUGUGUGCGUGUCAGUUUAUAUAAUUAUAAUAAUCCUUGACGGAAGCUUGUAAUUUUUGGUUAAUGCGUGUGUCUAUCGGUUGUAAUUUCGUACUAAUACAUUCUCGCACGUAUUUACGUAGAUAUAUUCGUAUAAAUUUAUCUCUCUCGUUCCCUUUAUUGUUAUUUGUGUCCCAACUCUCGGUCGUGUCUUGUUUAAAAUUUCACGUCAAUGUUAUUCUAACGAUCAGGGCGAGAAGCGGGAUCUGUUGGUUGGUCGUCGCGGGACACAUCAUUUGUUCGCAACAUUCUCAACACGACAAAUCCUGCUUCGUUUUAUCACAAUCUUUUCAACUUGGAAUAUUUAUAUGGUGUUUAUGUAUCGCGCGAUUAAACGCGGGACGGAAUAUAUAAUACGAACGGAAGUAACAUCAGGAUAGAUAAGAAAGAUGGAUUUUUCACCAUGCCUGAAAAUCACCACGACAAUUACAGAUAUCUGCACGGGCAUACCCGUCUUUCAAGUGCCGAUUAUUCUCUUCAAGUUCGACUCUGCAGCAAAUAAUUGGCUCGUUGUAGCAAUCAGCGCAACAGGAGUGGACGGUAGCUGCACGGAUCUCACGGACAAUGUGGGAGGAUCUCUUGGCGCGGGAUUGUACAAGAUUCUAUAUGACGUGAAGGGACAAUUCCAGACACAUAAUAUAGACAUGCCGCUGUUCGGGAUAAUCGAAGUAGUAUUCUUCGCGAAGCAACCGUAUGACCAUUAUAACUUUAGACUGUUGGUGAGUUCCACCGGAUACUUCGUAUUUCGCAACAUGUGACGCACCGCGCUUCUGGACGGUUUCGUUCGACGUUUGUGUGUGAUGCGAGUCUGAUUAUUAGUGAACGACAGGAGGAGAGAAUUUAUUUGAUGGCAAGGUAUACUUUAUAUUCGCAUGCGAGUUGACUACGAGGGAAUAGUUAGUUUUUACGUAGCUUCUGUACUAUACGUAAAGAUCUACGCUACAAGACGUUUUAUAUCAUACGACCUUACACGUACAAGUCUAUAAAUAGCAAAUAUAAAACUGCAAAAAUACCCCUAACUUGAUGAGAUACAAAAGAAAGUAUCUAAUCUGUGUUAAAACUAUUACGUGACGUUGGUCCGCCGCCGUCGAUUAGCGCUAAAUGUGUGUCCACUUAAUCGUUUACAACUCGCAACGAAUAUCGUCCUACGUUAUUUAACAAAUUUAAUAGAAGGGCGAACACAUUUCGCGCUAAUUGGCACCGCGGAACUCACUAUUCACAUUAGACCGAUCCCGGCUUAUUUGCUCAAGUGUAACGUGCAAUCAGCAGAAGAAGAAUAAGGAUGUUAAGUAGGAUAAGUAAGAGGUUCAUGUAUAAAAUUAAUAUAAAUAAUUAA